UAUGUGGUUGCCUUUUCUUUAAGUAUAAUGCUUGUGAUUAUUGUGCCUCCUGCAGGAAUAUUAACUUAAUUUGCGGGUACAGAUUUGAACAUUUUUGCCGCCAUUGUUUCUAUUUGAACUCAUUGAUAUUGGUGUAACAUGUCGUUAGCAGUUGACAGAAACCUGUUCAAGCAUGCACUUGAUCAUGGUGGUUUGAACUAACUACUUCCCCCUCCUCUCAGGAAAUUCUUGAUGGCGUUACAGACAUUGAUAUGGUGGUUAAUCUGAAACUAAGAGAAGAUGUUCUAGUAGAGAAGUGCCUUGGCAGAAGGAUUUGUGGCCAAUGUGGAAAGAACUUCAAUUUGGCCUGCAUUGAUGUUAAGGGUGAAAAUGGACUCCCACCAAUCUACAUGGCACCACUGUUGCCCCCAAACAACUGCAUGUCGAAGCUUAUUACCCGAGCUGAUGAUACCGAAGAGGUGGUCAGAAAUCGGCUUCAGAUAUAUAAUGACAUGAGUCAACCUGUGGAAGGUUUCUACCGAGAGCAGGGGAAGCUCUUGGAAUUUGACUUGCCUGGUGGGAUCCCUGAAUCUUGGCCAAAGCUGCUCCAGGUUCUAAACCUCGAGGACCAAGAGGAGUUGAGGUUGGCUGCAGCGUAGGUCUCUGGGAGACCGACCUACAUACUGGGAAAAAGACCAUACCACAUUUUUUUGAAUAAUGGAGAAGAGGAAACUUACUCCAUAGUUUAGUGCGUUAUGCAGAAGUAAUGGUUUUCUUGUCAAAAAGCGAUUUGUUGGUUUCCACCGGCGUUUUGAUGAUGAGCCGGUACUAUGUAACUUACGAUAGCUGUAAGCACUAAGCAGCCCAUUCUUGCUUGGGACACAGUUUGGAGCGCAUGAAGACAUGCUGUAGUGUUUUUUUUAAUUCAUAACAAACUUGUAGUACACAUUUGUGUUCAUGAUAAAACACUGAAGUAGUAUGA